CAAUGUCGUCCUUAACCGGUGUACGCGUUAAUCUUUUUAAUGAGAAUUUUCUUAAUGAAUCCGAGCAGGAUGCCAACUCCGUUCUCACCGAAUUGGAUAAGGGUUUACGUUCCACUAAACUUGGAGUUCAAUGUGAAGCCAUAGUGCGUUUUCCACGUCUCUUUGAAAAAUACCCCUUUCCCAUAUUGAUUAAUUCGUCAUUUUUAAAAUUGGCCGAAUUUUUCCUCAAUGGUUCCAAUCUCUUGCGUUUUUGGGUUUUACGCGUUUGUCAACAAAGUGAAAAUCAUUUGGAUAAAAUUUUAAAUAUUGAUGCAUUUGUUAAGCGCAUCUUUAUGGUAAUACAUUCAAACGAUCCGGUGGCCCGGGCCUUGACCCUGAGAACUUUGGGUGCAGUGUCGCGGGUAAUACCUGAGAAACAGCAAGUCCAUCAUGCUUUGAGAAGAGCUUUAGACAGUCAUGAUACUGUGGAAGUGGAGGCUGCCAUAUAUGCAAGUGGUCAAUUUGCUGCUCAGUCCAGAUCUUUUGCCAUAAGUAUGUGUGCCAAAAUAUCCGAUAUGAUUGAAUCGUUACAAAUACCGGUGCCUAUGAAAUUACAACUGAUACCGGUACUGAGGCACAUGCAUCACGAUGCAAAUACAGCGGCUUUGGUUAAAAAGUUAUGCCUUAAUUUGCUACCCAAAUAUCCGGGAGAAAGUUUUGUGGUGGCCAUAUUGGCUUCAUUAACAGAACUGUCAGCCAGAACUCUAACGGGAGUACCAGAUCAAGUAACAUUGCUGUUGGAGUUUAACAAUGAUUUGCGUAAACCGGUAAGAGCUCAAGCAUUGAAAUCUCUUAAUAAAUUGGCCGAUAAACAAUGUGUUCAUGCCUGGCCUAAAAGUGCUAUCAAGGAUCUUAUAGCCAAAGCAUUUGCUUGCUCGGAACCAUCAGAACAGUAUUUGUUUUUAGGCAUUAUACUCAAACUCAGUCAUUGUCCUUUAACUUGCCAUAUUCUUCUGGCCCAAGAGGACGAACCACCUUCAGUUGUGGAUUUAUGCAAAAAUUGUAUAUGUUUAAAUGAUUAUGGAACAGCUAGCCAAGCUAUAACAGUAUUGGCAUCGCUUGUUACCUAUGCGGAUGUGAGUAAUAAAACCGAACGUAUUACUGUGUUAAUGGAACUUAUUGACUUGCAUUUACAAAGUCUGCUCAUGUGCACAAUACGCGAACAGAAAUGUGCAGAAGAUUUGCGUAAAAUUUUAGUCUGCGGCAUAAGGGUGUCGUCUGUGAAAUCAGAAUUUGGUGUAGAUUUGGUCACAACACUUGCAAAACUUUUGAAUGACCCCGUGGAGUAUCCAGCAGCAAACGAGGAAGCUAUAUGUGAAGCUUUGGGUUCGUUAUGCUCUUAUUUCCAGUUGAGAAAAUUUUCUCCUCCAGCUAAUGACAUGGAAACAGAUCAAAGUAACCAGCAAAGGACUAAUCCAGUACUAAAGAAUCUGCUGUUAAUCAUGCGUAAACUAACCACAACUACCGAACGUAGCACCACUGAGGAGAGUAAUAGGUCUAUAGAAAUACUUUCAGCUGUUGCUUUACAAGCCAUGAUGGGUUGUUUUAUGCCUGCAGCGGUUAUGCAUACUUUUGAACAAAUCAUAGUAAAGUCAAAUCCUUGGUCGCAAUAUCGUAUGGCACGUUCAGCAAGUCGCUAUGGGCAGCAUUAUUUGGCGGCUCAUAUUUAUGUGAAAAUAUCACGCAGUACUGUGGUGGACAAACUUCAUUUCUUUCUAACGGGUCUUGCCCAGUUGGCUCAAGCAGAAUGUGUCUUAAAUUAUGGGGUGUCUUAUGAUUUUAUGCACAAGAACUACGAAUUGUGUGAAAAUCAUAUUGUACGCAGCAUGACCUUGGAACAGUCAAUGCCUUUAAUGCAACGCCUGGAAAUGGCCAUAAAUUUGUGUUGGCAAUCAUUAGCUAGCUUAAGAGCCAGUUCAUCACCAUCACAUCCAUUUACAUUCCAAUUGGAAUUUUUGAAAUUGCGCGCACAAUUCUUACAGACUCUACACUCGGCCGUGACCAUAAAAAAUGCCCAAAUUAUAGUGCCACCACCAGCUAUAGCAGGAAGUUUAGCACAAAAUUCGAGAGACUAUUUGCAGAAAUUUGGCCAUGUUACCAAUCAGUUAAGAAAAUUGGUUAAGGAACUAAAAUCAUGUGAAGAAUCUUUUGGACGUUUGUAUAAGUCCGCAUUUGAUGCCGAUCCCACAACUUUAGAAUUUCUAGAAAUCAUUCAGUAUCAAUGUGUUUUGUUUGCCCAUAUUGUGGAAACAAUUUGCUUUGCCACUCCUUCGGAUCCACCAGAUUUUCAAGCGGAAGGCAAAUGUCCCGAAACUAGAUAUUUAAUCAACUGUUGUCGUCGCAUGGAGGAAUUAAGCAAGUCGAUACCAGAAGAACCUGCCAAUAGCAAGACAAUCAACAAUUUUCAUUUAGAUAUUAUAUUGGCGGAAAUUGAGGUCAUUACUAAAACCCCUCUAUGCUUACCACGUUAUUUCUUCCAAGUUUUGCAAUCGACACAAAUUAAAUUAUCCGUCAGUCCUCAACCGCGUAGUGACGGCAAGCCGGUAAAUGUUCAGUCGGGCAGUAAUUUAGUAAUAAAGGUGGAAGGUGUCAUACAGCACUAUGGCAAAAGGCCAUCUCUAUUUCGUAGUGUAGAGUCGGUGCAAUUAAGUUUGAUGUCUAAGCUUUUGACACCUCGACCACCGGGUGAAUCUAUGAAGCCUCAAAGUGAUACGGUUACACUAACACAGACGGUCAAGCCACAAAGAGAUUUCUUAUCUGGAAAUUUUUUGGUACCCAUAUCAUCGGGCGGUCAGUGGCAAGUUACUUUAGAGACAUAUGUCAUAGAUGAAAAGGGUAUCACCUGGUGCACGGGUCCUAAAAAUUCGAUGUUAGUAAGAGUACUAGAUGAUCCGGCCAAGCAACAACAGACACCGGCUCCUUCAGCUCAAACUAGAAGAUUUUAAAAACUAAACCUUUCGCGGAAUACUAAUUUUAAGCAUUAUAAAUAAACACUUUAAUUCUAA